CAGGGAUCAUGCUCCUACUUAAACGAUAAAGUUAUACCAUAGCAUAGAUGCAGAUCUAAACUUGUUCAUUGAAAUUGUACUCUGAAGGUUGUGGUUAUUAGAUACUUAUGUGUGUGUGGCGUUUUCAAAUGUCGUAUUCAUUAUGACUGAAGUUGCAAGUCACGCAUAUUCACCUUCUUCAAUCGAUGAAUCUCUAGCUAAGCAGUUGGCCAAGGUUCACUUUGAACAAGUAAGAAAACAAAAGUUGCGUCAGAAAAUCAAAAAUGAAAGCAUUGAAAUUCGUGAACUUGAAAACAAACUACGAAGUGCUUAUGUAGCUAAAGAACAACUUGCACAAAUGGCCGAAAAACGUGCUCUUGCUUAUGACUUGAUGACUGAAGAAGCUUUACAAGCUAAUCAAUUGAAUUCACAAAUUGGUGAUGAUUUAAUUAAAGCUGAACAAGAAGAAAUUCGUAGAAAACAAUCACAAAUUCAACUUCGAAAUGAAUUAGAUACACAAAUAAUGGAACAAGUAGAAUUACGAAAAAAUGUUUAUCAAGAAUUUUUACGUGAUAAACAAAUGGUUGAUGAAGUUGUCAAAAGAAUAAAACAAGAAGAUGAAUAUGAACAGCAAAAACGCCAAAAAAAGAAAGAACUAAUUCGUCAAGAAAUUGAUCAAUUUCAAAAGGAACGUGAAGAACAUAUAAAAGCUGAAAAAGAAAAUCUAAAGAAAGAAUUAGAAGCAGUUAAUGCAUAUACUGCCAAGAAAGAUAAUGAACAACAGUUAAUUAAAGCAGCAAUUAAAUCAAGACAAGAGCAUAUUGAAAAGUUACAAGAUGAACUAGGUAAAAGGCUAUUAGAAAAAGAAAAAGAACGCAAAGAACUAGAAGAAAUACGUCAAACAUUAAUUUUGGAAGAAAAUGACAAAAAGAUUAGAGAAGAACGAGAAAAUCAAUGGAUAACAAAUCUAAACAACCAACGGAAACUCUAUGAAGAUUAUAAAGAACAACUUUUACUGAAAGAACAACAAAAGCAGAUUGAAAAACAAGAAGCUCUACAAAUUCGAAAUUAUAUGUUAGCUAAAUUUGAAGAAGACAAACGUUUAGAACAAGAAGAAUUAGAAAAACGUCAUCUUAAACAAAUGGAAUAUGCUAAUGAAGCACAUAAAUUGUUAAUUGAAAAACGCAAACGUAUAAUGCAAGAGUAUGAACAGGCGAAAAAAGAACUAGAUGCAGAAAAACAACGUAUUUUGGAAGAAAAACGAAUUGUGGAGGAGGAAAGACAACAUUUACUGAGACAACAUGCUAAUAAUUUAUGGAAUCAUUUACCCAAAGGUAUUUUCCGAUCAAAGGAAGAAUAUGAAUCCCUUAAACAUUUCACCUGUGAAAACUAAGUGUAUUUACUUCCUUCAAACUAAGAAAUCCAAUUCUACAUUUAUCCUAAGACACUCGUGAUUUAUUAUUAGAGUUAUAAGUAUAGGUAAUAUUCGAUAUUAUAAUUAUAAUGCAUAAGUUUUAAUAUUCAGUAAUAAAUUAUUUAUACACACAAUUUUUCAUGAUAUUGUGUUUCAUCUUAACUUAUAACAAAUUAGAAGUUUAAUAAAGUCUUGAACACUGUCAUAAUAUUAUUUACAUCUGUACGAAUGUUGUGUAGGCGAAUUUCAUUUUAACACGAGGAUGAAAAUAUGUACAUCGUAAGAAACAAUACUUGGACGAGUUAAUAAUAAUUAGUUUAUCUAUCUAAACUCGAAAACCGUUUACCUAAACAGUUUAAUAAAAAGUUCACAUUUCACUGCUGAUAUACGGAUGAUACACUGAUCUUCUUUGGAUGUAGUAUCAAACAGCUAAAGGUUCUCAAGCAGUUUAAGAAGUACAUUUCUUCCAGUAAGCUUACACAUGGAGGAUAGUGCGAAGGUGACCUUUUAGAUGUUCCAAUAGCAGAAACAGCUGAUAAAUCAAUAAAGAAUUUAAACAGGAAAAGUACUUAAAUAAGGCGGUAUACAUACUCCGUAUUUCUUUAUCUAUGAAAAAUAAAGGAAAUUUAGCAGGAACGCUUCGCUAUAAAAUAAAACUUUUAUUCCCUACUGAUGUGGUUGAAUACGAACUAGACCCUUAGCAUCAUACUGUCAGGGAAAACGAAUACCCGAGGAAGUUCCUAAAAUCCAAUACAUUGCCACGAAAGCUGUAGUAGUAGGUGAAUUACGAACAGUGAGAAAUCCAUAUUCAACCACAAACAGCUCAUGUGACGCAGCCAAUGAAACAUUGAUAAAGAGAAUACAUAAAACAGUACAUAGAGCAUCCAAUGCAGGAAGACUGUAACCAGUGUUUUCUAUUAUCCGAUAGUGAGAUCGUCACUAAAAGACGAAAUACCUAUACUAACCACCUCCUUUUGUAUUGAUCAUUUUAACGACUGGAGAACAAAUUAUAUUGACCAAUGUUCUUGUUGACCUUGUGAUCACUUUACAAUGUAGUCAACACAACAAACAGAUUAAUUCUCGGCCGCUUGGUUCAGACCGGUUAAUGUACCAGCGUGAAUCAAUUAUUUUCAAUAUUUUGUCGCGUUAGUUAUCUCUCAAAAUGUCAGACUCAAAGUUUCUCAAACGUCAGAAGCAAUAGUUGUUCUGUUCGAGGAACCGGAUCUAUAUGUGAAAAAGUGAUGUUCAACCAACUCUCUUACCUUGGCCAAUAAAAUAAAUCACUUGAAUUAUAGAAUGGCUUAAUUUGACUUGUAUACUUAUAGUCUUCCCCUUCGUAUUUACUUCAUUAUCCCUCGCUCAAAUUAUAAAUCACCCAAGAACCUGAAGAAUUUAGUUAGCAAUCUUCUCAUUACAAUUUCUUACUGAAUGUCACCAUGCGAAUCACGUAGUCUUCGAACAGACAUUUAGUUUGCGAUUACAUCAUUAUUUCUAUCACUCCCUGUUGAGCGAUUUUCUCUGCUGAGUACCAAAUCAGACGCAUACAAAAGCAGCUUUCUAUACAAAAUAAACAUUUAUAAUG